AUGUUCGAUUCCUCUUUAGUUUCUGGCAAGAGUGUGAAAGAGAAGGGUGUCGAUAAAUGGUUGGACACGGAUGAGGAAAGACGUAUCCAUGCUCUUGAGAGAAAGUCUAUUCCUAGUAAGGACGCAGUUUCUGCGAAGAGUGUUAAAGAGAAGGGUGUCGAUACGUUGGCACCGAUCGGGUCCAUCAAGCAAACGGAGACGUCUCCGCGAUUGUCCGACGUAGAGGCAAGGACGAAAGCAGCGCAGUCUGAGAAAAAAGCGCAUUCGAGGAUCCUGUCGGAGAGAGGCGUAGACCCAGCGGUUACUACCUUAACGGAGACGGGGACAACACGACGACUGUCUGAUAUAGGAUCUGAAAAGCUGGUCGAAACUGAUACCGUCGGAGCAACUAGUAGAUACGUGGGAGAUUCGUUUGGAGAGAUUACAGAACGCGAAGGAAUGGAAACAACGGGCAGACGGGAACACGAGCAAACUGGCGAACGAGAAGUUUCGGCAGGAACUUCCGGCGAGGGGGUUGAUUUUGGAAGCGUUCAAGACGAAUGCGAUCCAACUUGUCCUCGACGUAUUUCACGGAGCAAGUUUAUUUUUUUUUAA